AUGCAGCAGCAGUAUGGGCUCACCCAAUGCAAAGCAGGAAAAUUAAACACCUUUCUACCAUUCAAAGACCCUUUGCAUUGGGUAUCACCAGAGCCUACCGCACGACGUCUUCUUCAGACGCGAUCAACGUGCUGGCUGGCCUUCCUUCCCCUACACAUCCGUGUCGAAGAGGAGGCAGCAAGACAAAUCGUCCUGCAGCUUAAAAGACCUGUCACCUUUGACGAAGAAUAUUUUAAUCCAGAGGACUAUGAAGCUAAAUGCUGCCCUCUGAAAAUCCAUCCAGCAGCAGCCAAAGGCACCGGAAUAAGCAUAAUUACCAAUCCAACUACGGCCCACCGUCCAGCACAGAUUACCAUCUUCACUGACGGGUCGAAGAUAGACGAAAACGUGGGAAGUGCCUAUGUGGUCAUGCUGCAAGAUACAGUCAUAGAUCAAUGGAAGGGUCAACUAAGAAAAAUAUAUUUCAGCCCGAAUGGAUGCUGCUUAUUCAGUGGAGCUCAAGAUAUUUUGAAAGUGUAUGGCUGGGAGCCCAUGAGGACAAUGGACACGCUAGUCAUGGGAUGGGGAAAAGUGUCUGACAUAACAUCCUCUGAAAACCAGCUGAUUAUAGGAGCCUUUUCAUUAACAAAUGUUUCUGUGUACGUUAUGGACCUUCGCAAAAUCCAGCCUUUCGAUUCUUGGUUGAAACAGUCGUCUAUGAUCAAAACCCCUGGAAACGAAAGCUUAUACGAAGACAUCUGCGGAGAUCUGGAUGAUGAUGAUAAUUCUCAAUUUAUUGGAAGACAAGAAUAUUUAGAAAGCGUCCAUUGCAUAGAUAAUUCCAGUAUUAACUCUGACCUUGAUUUCUCCAAAACUCAAGUUCUGGGAGUGGAUCUUUCAACUUUUCUGCCACCACUGGAUGAACAUUAUCCUGGAGAAAUUAAGGGUACAAAUCCUUUUAACUGUACAUACAAAAUAACUAGCGUACAAGGAAAACCAGCGAUGUUAGCACUGCCAACAGCUGUAACCCAUCCAUACAAUUACGAGAAAGAUGUAGCGUCUGAAAGUUCUGUAGAUACUGCGGAGCAGAGUGUGUUGCCAUCUAGACAAAAGGAGCCUUUAAGAAAUUCGCAUAGCUUAUCAUUUCCGGAUUUGGGCCAGAAAUGCGAAAUGGAACUUAUCCAGCAAGCCAGAAGUAAAUCACUUGGCAUAGAACUGGAAGAUUUUUUACCGCGAGGAUUUUUAGGCUCUGAUAAAUGUGGAUACUCUUCUCUUGAAAUAUCAGACUCUGAGGCAAUAUCCUCCAUUUACAGAGGCCAUGACUCAAUGACGAAGGUUCUAAAUCAUCGUAAAAAGUAUCUGCAGUCUGUUAUUCGAAUAUGGAAAACAGAAGGCCCAAUAGCUGGUUUGACAUCAGCCGUCCAAAUGAGUGAGCCAGCAGUAUUAGUAGACAUCCUGUCUCUUCUCAUCUCCAAACCGUCCACGUGGAAUCUAGAUAUCUGCCAACUUCUACUUCCCAUCAUUUGUGAUUUGUUGAAAAGUAAAUAUGAAACGUACAUCACCAUAGGAUGCAUGUCAUUAAAACUGAUACUUAAAAACUUUUCUCAUGUGAUAAAAGUCAACAUCACAGCUCCGAAGAGCAUAGGAAUAGACAUAUCGAGAGAAGAAAGGUACAAGAAAUGCAGAGCAUGUUUCAACCAUUUGAUGGCAUUACGUUCUCUCGUACUUCAAAGGCAAUCAACAGAUGGACAGCUAGGCAAACUUUUCACAGAGCUCUAUGAAAUGCUUCAAGCUCUCGAAAGGUAGUAAAGGAGAACAACAGUUGAAAUGCUUAGCUAAUUUGUCUGUAAUAAAUAAAAUUUUAUAGAAAAUUA